ACUGUGCUGAAUUUAUGGGUAAUGUUACGUCUAGGCUAUGCGUAAAUAACGAACGCGUUGCAGUAAAAUUACUGUUGUUACUUAUCCUUUUACUAAUGACUAAUCAGCAAGGUUCAAGCCAAAGUGGUGAAGAUUUCAAAUUAAAAGGUAAUAAUGAAGCAUUUUGCUCUAGACUGAACUCAGUGUUCGAUGGGUUAAAUCCGCUAGAAAGGCAACACAGAGAGUGGGAGACUAUGCAAAGCAGCAAACGUACGAACUGGUUGAAACCAGAUCCCGAAUCAUUAGAAGACGUAGAAUUUUCUCAUAAUGAUAAGUUUGUCAGACCACGUGGAUUUGCGCCUAAGAAAAGAAAAGUUGAUAAUAAAACCAUGCCAGGUUUUAAAAGACAUCCUGAAAAAUGGACUAAAUAUUCGUUAACUGACGUAUCGUCAUAUGAAAUGUCUGACGAGUCAAAUUCACAAGUAGCCUUAUCCUUCUUAAAACAACUAAAGAAAGAAAAGAGUAAAGGAGAAAACGAAAAAUUACCAGUAGCAGACGUAAACACAAAAAUAAUUUUUCAGAAGCCUGGCAAUAGACCUCCAAAAAGUUUGAAAAAGAAAGAUACUGAAGUUAAUGAAACCACAUGCUAUGUAAUUUCUAACACUACAAGUGAUACAUCAAUCACAGUUAGUGAUACUCUGGAAACUUGUACUAAUUCCAGUGUUUCUGGGAAACUUCUUAUGCCAGAAUGUGUUGUGGGAUUACCAACAAGUACAAAGUAUAAAAAGAAACUGAAAGAUGUGUACAUCCAAAAUAAAGAUGGUUCUUGUAGUCAUCAUUCUGGUCACCUUGUGAGUUUGGAUCACUUGAAUGAUUAUGAAGAGGAAGCUGAAGAAGAGGAACUAAACAAAGAAUCUGUUUGUGUAGAUAACACAUCCAGAUCUGUUGGGAAGAGAAAUUAUAGAUAUGGGUGUGACGGAGGUAGUAAAUACGACAAAUUAAAUUUGUUAAAGAUGGAAACUGAAAACGAGUAAGUUCCAUUUAGUCUGCACAAGAAAGGCAUGUGAAUAUCCCGCUUGGUUGAACAUUCAUCCAGUCUGACAGAAAUGCUUUUUGAAUUGUCAACAAAAUUCAUUUUGAAGUUGCAGGCCCAUUUUAGUUUUGUGGAAAAUGCAUAACUUGCCGUUUAGAGCUUCCACUUGAGAUAAAAUUUUAAACUUUUCUAGCUCCAACACCAUAUGUUCUGGUUUUAAUGUAAACUCACAACAUCUCCUCAGUUGUACACAGAUUGAAUGCACUAUCUUUUCUGUUUGUCCAUUUUUUUUUUGUUUUUACACUGAGUUAUUUGAAUGAAAACAGACUUGAAAUUCAAAAUGUAAUUUUCAUUAUUUUCUUUUGCAUUCUUGAAAAACUCAUUUUCAUGAAGUAUUCUUAUUUUCUGUUUGUAAUUUUGUCUCUAUUCAUGCCAUAAGGACUGGGUGCCGAGUUCUUCAUACCACCCACCUAUAUAAUCAUAUAUAUAUGCUUUAUUUUGGCUUUGUUGAUGUGAACACUGAUGUUUCUAUGCCAUUACUAAUGUAUUUUUUUGUUGGAAUUAAUUCAUUGUCAAUGUGUCAUAAUGCCUUUUUUUAUUAAGAUGUAUAAAAAAAUUGUUAUAUGUUUAACUAAAUGAACUUUCAUAUUCUUGUGGAGUGAUCUGUGUUCAUAAAGCAAAUAAAUAAAACAGGAAAUCCUUAUAUUUCAAGUCAUUCUUGUAUCAAUGCAUGCUUGAAUACAAAAUAUUUAUGUAACUGUUGUGCAAGUAUUGUGGCAGGCAUGGAAAAUGUUUCUUGAGAAUUACGAGUUUGAUUUCAUAGUCUCUUAAAUGCUGAAAUAAAAUACAAUUGUGUAGGUUACCAGUGAAUUUAAUAUGUGUAUAUUUUUGAAUCAAAUUGAAAAAUAGUUCUACAAUUAUGAGGACUUUUUUUUAUUAUACCUAGUUCCUGUGAAAUACAAAACUUUUUCCCUUGAUAAUUUCUUUAUGCAAUGGUUGAUUCUGUGAAUUUUCAUUUUGAUCUGGUUAAAAACUUAUUUUAAACUCUUAUUUUGCUAAUGACAAAUUCUAUAACUUUCAAACUAACAGUAGGUAAUAGUAGCAGACAUUGCUAGACACUUGGAAAACAUUUCCCAUACUGGGACUUUAUUGUUUAUUAUUUGUCAAUUAUUUCAAUAGUUUAUUGAACAUUAACGUUUUUUUAAUUUGCCGAUGAUCUAGUACAAUAUUGG